GCCAGUUUUUCAUAUUAGCCCGACCAAAUGCAUUUGUAGGGUUCGUCCCAAAACCAGCUAUGAAGUAUGAACAACCCCACAGUAGCUACAGACAACCCCCUCACCUCAAGGGAAAAAAAGCUUUUGGGACCUGACAAAAGGCCCCAUUCUUUUGAAUGAUUACUACUUAAAAGGGCUACGCCGACACCGAUUGAGGCUUCAAGCUCUUCCAUGAUCUAAACUCGGGCUUGAGACUCAGGCCCAUAAACCCAUGAUUACCUGCGGCCCUCCGUUGGAGUUUCUUUAUGCAUUGUUGGACAUCAGGCCUGCGGACUACCAAGGCACCGAAGGGCUCUCUUCCUCUUUCUUUUGAACGAUUUAUUUGGGCAUGAGUGCAUGACAGGCUCGGGACUUCGGGCCCAUAAACCCAUGAGAAUGACAGGUUGCAGAUUUCAGGCCCAAAACCUAUGCACCGACUCAACUCCAGUUUUGGGCAUUUUGGCAGUUUCGCUUGAGGGCGCCAAAACAGCGCAAACGGGGCGUUUCGAGUCGCAAGGCAUAACUCAUAUGUAAAAAAAAAACAGGUCAAAAAUUUCUGUGAACCCUUAGACAAACGCGAUUGCAAUUUGGGAGGCAUUCGUUCCCCUCCGAAUGUUUCAGCUGUGCUCGAAGAAAAUAUUCAUCUCCUCUUUAACUUCCGAAGCCAUCAAGCUGGGAUCUUUAUUCUAUUUCUCAGCCAUCUAAAUACUUCUUCAGGAUUACUUCACGUUGAAGAUGGGAAGAUAAUCAUCUGGUUGAAACCUGUUAUGAAUGUGGGCUUGUUGAGCAUCUGAGUAAUUAGGACUUGCAAUUCUGUCGUGUCCUUGGCAUGUAAAAGAAGGGGUCCCUUUAGUGAAUGGAUAUCAGUUGUACAUUGCCUGAUAUGAAAAUACAAAAGAUUGGUGGAGGACAAAAAGUGGUUGAGAGUGAAGAUAGAAUCAGCCAACUGUCAGAUAGUCUUCUCCAUCACAUUCUUUCUUUCCUUCCAACAAAAAAUGCUGUUGCAACAUGCAUAUUGUCAACUAGGUGGCAGGACCUAUGGAUCUCAGUUACCAACUUAGACUUUGAAUGCUCUAAUUACUACAAAAAAGAAUUUAAGUUCAGCAAUGGCUUCAUGAAUUUUGUGGAAAAGGUGCUUCUUCUUCAUUCAUCGAAUAUUAAAAUGUUUCGUCUCAAGCAUUGUGGCGUUGUUGAUAGUUUCCGUCUCAGUUCUUGGAUAUAUGCGGCUGUUAGACGUCAUGUUCACGAGCUUCAUCUAUCAUUUCGUAUGGAAACAGUGCUGAUGUUACCCCGUUGCCUAUGUACCAGCAAAACAUUAACUGUAUUAAAGAUAGAACAUGCUCGCUGUCACUUACAAUUUGCUUCAACCACUUGUUUUUCUAGCCUCAGGACUUUACAUCUUUGUGAUGUUACAUUGGUGGAUGAUCUAUCCAUCCAUAGACUAUUUUCUGGACUUCUGGUACUCGAAGAGUUGAAAUUAUGCAGAUGUGGAUGGUGGAAUGUGAAAAGAGCUAUCAUAUCUAUACCAACUCUAAGGAACUUGACUAUAGAUGUUUUCUGCCCUGGACUCAAGGAUGAAUGUCAGAUCAAGGUUAAUACAGAAAAUCUUAAGUAUGUUAGUUGUACAAGUGAUCUGACAAUUGAUUUGGUCCUAGAUAACUUGUCUUCAUCAGUUGAAACACAUAUAAACUUCGAAAGCAGUUGGAGUCAUCCAAAAGUUAGAAGCUACGCAGAGAAUUUGUUCAGGGUAAUCUGUUUUGCUAAAACCUUGAAAAUUUGUGAUGCAACCCUUGAGGGUAUUCAUUGCAGUUUUAUGGAGAAUCUUGACCUUCUCCCGACGUUUGUUAACUUGACCUCUUUGGAGGUGAAAGCAAGGGUGAUGAGCGAUACAAGCAGGGUACUAAUGGGAAUUUUGAGUAACUCGCCAGUUCUUGAAGAUGUUUUUAUUAAGGAGGUAUGUGCUGGAAAAUUGGUGAGAAACCCUUUACCUCAGGGUUUGAAUUCUUGCCUCAAAUCAUGUUGCCUUCAGUGUUUUGAUGGCCGUCCAGCAGAAAUGAGUUUUGUGACAAUUUUGUUGGAGAAUGCUACGACGUUGGAGAGGAUGAAGAUACACUGUUCCCAGUAUUUAACAGGGGAGGUUAAGAUGCUAAAAGAUGUUACCAAGCAGCUAGAAAUGGUGACUAGAGCCUCAGAGAGUUGUGUAAUUGAGCUGUUGAAACACGGAGGUCCGAAAACAGAGAAAAUAAUGUUGCAAGUUGAAUCACAUGUAUAACUUAUGCUGGAUUUCUACCUAAGUUUAAAGCGCCUGAACUCCAUUGCUAAACUGUUUCAUUUUAAAUGUAGUUUGAGUUGAAGUUUUUUUGUUCCGGUUGUGGAUGUUAAUAUGCUGUUUACAGUUGUUUAU